AUGUUGUAUGCAGUAGUAAGAAGAAGUAGAAGAGAAGAAGAGAUGAAGAAAGACGCGGAUGGAGAUAUAUUAAGACUGUACAGAAAGUGGAGAAAACAGAGGAAUAACGGAAAGCCAGUCAAAAAAAAGGCAGAGGAAGAAGAAAGACGAAGACGAAGACGAGAAAAGGCGAAGAUGAAGAAGGAAGAAAGAAAAGUGGAGACCUCGCCCCUUUGGGACAAGGGCUGUGCCAAGAAAGAGAGUCAGGCAGCAAAAGAGCGAAGAGAUAGGACAGAGAUAAAAGAGAGAAAAGGCUAA